AAAUAGGCUCAGUGUCACUCAUCAUCAGGGGAAAUGCAAAUCAAAAUCGCGAUGAGUUAUCCUCUCAGUCCAGUCAGAAUGGGGAUGUUAGAAUGCUAAUAUUAGAAUUGACCCCAAAACUCACAGAUACAGAGAGCAGGUUGGUGGUUGCCUGAGGUGAGGUGGCUCUCUGCUCUUCCCCGUUGGACAGACAGCCGCAUCUCCUGGUGCAGUGCCAGCCGCGUCCCCGAGACACGAUGGUGAAGGUCGGAGUCAACGGAUUUGGCCGUAUUGGGCGCCUGGUCACGAGGGCUGCUUUCAACUCUGGCAAAGUGGACAUUGUCGCCAUGAACGACCCUUUCAUCGACCUUCACGACACGGUCUACAUGUCCCAGUCUGAUUCCACCCACGGCAAAUUCCACGGCACAGUCAAGGCUGAGAAUGGGAAACGUGUCAUCCAUGGAAAGCCCAUCACCAUCUUCCAGGAGCGAGAUCCCGCCAACAUCAAAUGGGGGUGAUGCUGGUGCUGAGUAUGUUGUGGAGUCCACUGGGGUCUUCACCACCAUGGAGAAGGCUGGGGCUCACUUGAAGGGUGGGUAAAAUGGGUGAUGGUGGUCAA